AUGGAGGGAACUACAAAUUUGGUGGUGUAUCGCAACGGUGAGAUAAUACGUAAUACUCAUGAGGGAGUGAGGUUUGUGUCCCAGAAUCCGUUUUCGUUUGUGGUUCCAUGUACGAUGACAUUAAUGGAGCUGCAUAAUGGCCUCUGUCAAAGCAUGGAGAAUGGUACGUUAAUGAGAGUGAGCAGAAUUCUGUACCGAAAUCCGGUUGUUGUUUUUGGUGGUCUAAUACAGUUUGAUGUCAUGCCGAUCACUGAUGAAGCGAGUAUGCAGAAGAUGUUUCAAAUUCACCAGCAGACUCAGAUGCGACACCCACAGAUUGAGGUAUACGUUGAUUUUGAAACUGUAGAGGCAGUGGCGGUUCAGAAUGAUAUAGAUAUACAUGAUGAUAGAGCUGCAGUGUACCAAGGAAUGAAUAGUGACAGCGAAGAUGACUUCGAAGCCACUUAUGAGGCCGGCGACGAAGAUGAGGAUGGUAAUGUGGGAGUUGAGGCAGCAGCAGAGAAUGUAGUGGUGGGUCCGUCGAGCAGUCAACCGAUGGACGUUCCACCUUUUAUGCGUGAGUUGGAUCUCGAGGCCAUGCAUGCCCCCGAGUUUCCGGAAUAUACAAACAUAGGCGUUGCCGAUGGUGAGGACGGGGAGUUCCGGAUUGGAAUGGAAUACAGUUCUAGAAAGUCGGUCGUCGCAGCAAUUAGAAGUUUCACUAUUGCUAAAGGAGUUGACUAUGAGGUGUAUGAGUCUGAGCCACAGACGUUCUAUGCAAAAUGCAAGAUGUACGGGCGCGGAUGUGACUGGCUUAUCCGAGCUAGCUUGAUACGGAAAAAAGGUUGUUGGGAGAUACGAAGAUACAACGGUAGCCACACGUGCACGAUCGGAACAAUUUCACAAGAUCAUUCCAAGUUGGACUCAGAUAUAGUUGCUGAUGCUAUAAGGCCAUUGGUCGAGACGGACCCGUCCAUCAAGGUGAAAUCUAUAAUUGCGAAAGUCCAGUCAAGGUUCAACUAUACCAUUAGUUACCGAAAGGCUUGGUUGGCAAAGUAG